CGAGGCACUCUAUUUUGUUUUGUAAUCACGACGACUAUUAUUUUUAGUCUGAUCAAUGGGCACAAUUUCUAGGCAGCGCAGAGGUGGAUGCGCGCAAACUUUUGCGCACCGCUGGAAACCCACUAGGUUGAGUUGCAAAACGUACCGCGUAGACGCCCCUGGUGGCGCCGAGAGAAGAGCUAGGCCGGCCCAGCACAGAGCCGGAGAGCGUCGGGCCUUCCGGAAGGGGCUUUCCGAAGCAUGGCCUGGCUCCAGGCCCGGUCCUGUCAGGACUGGAACGGCAGCAAAAUGUGCAGGGAGGCAGUCGGCCGGCAGAGCUGCGGCGGGAGCCAAGGUCAGGCCUCGAGGGGAGAGCGGGCAGCUUCCAGCGCCGGCCGCAAGCUCCCAGGCCAGCUGGGCAGCAGACCCCUUUCUUCCAGAGAGCACAACCCGCGUCCUUUCUCUCAGCCAGGCUGCAGUGGCUGCCCCGAGCUUCGCUUUCGUUUCCCAAGUUGUUAAUAACGAUAUGUCCCCAAAUCCAAGGCUGAUGUUUGCUCCCAGAUGCCAAGAACGCAACCCGAAAUCCUUCUCCCAAACCCUAGUUCGACGAGAUGAGUUCCUACUUGACUUCUGAGCCGAGGUGGGCCGGAAACCGAGGCCUAGGCCCCGCCAGGGCUUCAAGGAAAAGGCGAAACUCCGAGCGUAGCGUCUUUUCCGUGUCGUUCCUUUCUCUGGCAUCCCGGACCGCGGGCCCUGCAGCCACCUGGACCGGCAUUCAAAGGAUUCUGCAAGUCCAGCUUCACAGACUGGCUUUCCCAGAGGCUCCGAAGCCCGCACCACGAACAGAAUAAAGGAGAGACGAGAGAUCGCAACUAGAUUUGAGAAUCCUCGUUCUUUUCCCUAAUCGUUCGGGCAGUAAACUCCGGAGCCGGCUACAGCGCGCAUCCUCCCUUCCUCCUUUCGGAGAACUGUCGCUUUCCCGAAGCUGCUCCCAGCUGGGUUUUCUCCCGAAGUUUAUUUUUCUCAUUUUGCAAAAUUCCUGCCCUGAUUUUAAUACUGCAACAGGACAGCAGAGGUUCCUCUUUAAAAAGUCAAAACCAAAACCAAAGGGACCCAUUGCUGUUGAUAAUUUUUUUCUUCACUUUCUCCUUCCGUUUUUAAGAAAGACACUUCCAACACUACCCAUUGUUUUCCUCUGAAAAGAGAACUUGUUUUAAAAUGCAUCCCCUUCUAUUUAUUUCCCGAUAUGUCCCCACCUGACCCGGUGGCAACUUGGGGGCGUGGGGGUGGUGAAAAAUAGAAGUGUGGACGGGGCUGGAAAAAUGAAUAAGAAUUAUAACAAUAGAAAUGAUGAAAAAACUAAACUUUGACCAAUUCAAUUUGCAAAAGAAAGGGUUGGUCUGAGGGUGAGACAUUCCCUGGUUUCUCAAGGGGGUCACUUUCCCUCUCACCCAGUUAAAUCUGGCUCUGUUAUAUUUUUUCCAGGAACACAGUAUGUCUUUUCCCAAUGUUUUAUUCGGUUUCUGGUUUCCCCACUUUUGACCGGAAGUAUGUGGGAAGAAUACUGGCUGUUAUUAUUGUGAUUUUUGAGUAUCCAAUACUCUCCUCUAAUAUUUCCACCAAGAAUUAUUAUUGCUGCUCUCCUCAUUCAUGUUAGUGUUGCUUCGUGUGCUUUAGAUGAUAAUCAUCCUCUUUACUCUCCAAGUUUGGAGGGUGAGGGUUUUUUGUUGUGGUGGUGGUGGUUGGGUUUUUCUUUGUUUUUGUUUUUUGUUUUUCCUGUUCAGGGUAAUGAAAUGACAACUGGAAGAGGGGAUAUCAUUUCGAGGUCCAGCUGAGAAGGAUCCCAAUGCUAAAAAUUUACACACUUCAAAGAGCAGAAAAGUGGAAGCAAGUGGUGCUUGGACACAAGGGUGCCACUGUUCUUAUCUCCUCCAAUUUGGGAAGUGCCCAGCCUAGAAAGGUGAGGGUCCCAUCUGGGAGACCAUGGAGUACCCCCAGGGUCACACUGAGCCUAACAACUUCAACCAUCCUGCAGGUCAAAACCCACUGAUAGGUCUCCCAAAAUGUUUGGGGUAGGGGGAAGAAACAUACGGCAUUCCAGGUCUGUAACCCUGCAAGAGAGAGACUCGAACUAAUAUGUCUAGGUCUGGGGUGAAGGUGGGGGGCCUGUCUGGGUACCUCCUCCCUCAAUUGAAGGGCUCGUUGGAAACAUAGGAACCCACUGCUCUCUGGGACUCUGGAAAGACAAAUUUUCUUUGGCAAACGGAACAGUGUCGUGCUGUCGACAGAGCAGACUAUUUUUCUUGUUCCCUCACAAGGUGGGGGUGGGGGAAAAGAAAAGGAAGCAAGAAAGAAAGGGAAAUUAAAUCCACACGUGUUAAGCUCGCUCAAAGGGCCAGAGUCAAAACCAGAGAUGAAACUUCGACUCCAGUUCUGGCUGCCCGCGGGCCUCUUUCCAAACAGCCAGGCCUCACAGAGCAAGCCAUCCCCACUGGAGAGAAUUCGAUCUGAAGUUUCAUAAAGCACUUUAUUUAAGGAGAAGCAGUAUGGGUCUGUCUCCAAGUCUAUGCUGCAGAAAUCCAGAAUUUGUAGCGGCAAAGAAAACAAAGGAGAUAGCAAUUGUAAUCAUAAUUACCCUCUUUAUGAAAACUCAUCUUGAUGUCCUCCAAAUCAAACCAACAAUUCAGGCAAUAUUCAAGCAAUGGCCAAAAUCAUCCAGGCCAUUAUUUUACAAAAUUCCUAAGGUCUGACCAGGCUUUCGGACUUGGGCCUAGCUGGGUCAAGAGAACCUGAAAUGCUGUUGUCAAGAGACUCUGAAAUCACCAGCUUAAUCAGGACAGCUAAUCUCUACAUCCUUCAGGCCUCUCUUUUGGGGAGAGACUUUCUUGACAGAGGACACUGCAGGUCUCAGCUACAGAGCUCUGGUAUACAUGGGUGGGAGUGGAGGCCGCCACCCCACCUGGAACUGUGAGUGAAAACUCUAGUAAUGACCUUGAGGAGGUGAAGGGAGGUAGGUGGGGGUGUGGGUGAUGAGGGAGGCCAAACCCCAAUCUGGAAGGAUCUGUCACUGAAACAAUUGCUUGGUCGAGACCUCUAAUUUUUCUUCCUCUCCAGCCAGUCUUCUGUGGCUCCCUGGUGCUCGGUUUCUGGCCUUUGGUGACAUCCUAACAGAAGGGUCCGGAAGCAGGGACCCCAGACACCUUGCUCCCUCUCCCAAAUCACACCCAAAACAUACUAGGGUGAAACAACUGACAGAGGCUCUCUGUGGCGAGCAACUGACCGAAGUUUCCAGUGGAAAAGUUCCUGAUGAUUGUUUCCGCAAGGACCUUGAAUUUCCUGGUCACCAUGGCAACCUGGAAGUCCCACUGAAUGCCCUCAACAAUGGGGUACCCCGAGGACAUUCGUGCAAUUGGCUGCGCAGUCUGAGGCCUGAAAAGCGUUUCUGCCCAUCGUUCUUGACUUUCUGGAGCCUCAUUAGUGGGUUCAACAGAGCAGGGAUUUUUAAAACUGCCCCCUUUUUUAAACAAGGGAGAAAAUUGAGAUUUAGUACCAGGUGGGUUCAGGUCUUGAGCAAAAGCCCCAUCUUUGAAUUCAGAAUGCUGACCCCAGGGCCGAUCGUGUAGAGCCUAUGGUGUAUCUUGAUAAUCGAAACCCAUGGCCCAAACAUCUCAGCCAGGAACCUGGGACUUUAGGUGUCACUUAAUCUCUUCACAUCUGUUAACUACACCUAUUUGCAUAGGAGGCUCCCCACAUCAGUCCAGGCAACCUUUUUCUUUGCCUGGGGCCGUUUCUCCUAAAUGGAAGGAGAAAAGUCUGAGCAUUAGAAACUGUGGCAUUAAUGUCUGCAAGGGCUAAUGGAGUGAAAAGAAUACAUUAUUCUCCUUUUCUUUUUAGAAAAAAAUUUCAAUUGUGGAUGUAAUACAAAUAACAUUAAAAUAAUAUUUCUGAUUGCA